AUGAAAAAAAUACAUAGUUGUUAAUUACGGACCUUGGGUUUCGUGAAAAACUAUUAAUCGGAUUCGAUUUCAAACAAUAUCAUUAACCACACUCUUUAUCAUAAAUAUGCCUCCUCUUAAAACUAUUAUUACACAAGAGAAAUUAACGAGAUUUUAAGUAAGCAACGAACUUCAUCUGUAAUAUUGUUCUAAGAUUAUCUGCAUUUUGAUGAUGAGGAUGAAUAUCUUAAAAGAUUUUAUAUUAAUGAGGUAUAUGAUAAUAAAAUGAAAUUGCUCAAAGAGUUUUAUAAAUUUCACAAAGAUCUCCCAAGGUUUGCAUUGACUAAACAAAUACUCUAAACUCUAAACUACUAUUAUGAUAAGCGUAGAAAAUUAGAUUAUUAUAGAAUCUAGAGAUAAAUAGAGUUUGAAAAUAAAUAAAAUCCCCAAUUACCCUAAAAAGGAAUAGUUGGAGACAAGCCAAUCGAAACUCAAAGCACUCCCAAUUCAGAAAGCAGUUCAACCUCAAAUCUGAACACUAACAUUGAAAAUAUCCUCAAAGACAUAACUCGAUAGGAAUCAAAGCAAUAAAUUGAGAUCAGUAAAAUAACUUAGGUCUAAGAGGAAUAGCAGAGUGAGAUCCUUAAAAUAAUCAAUAUGAUUAGCACACCCCUUAUCAAGAAUUAUUAGGUAUUCAAGAAGUCUAAAGGCAAUUUCAAGAAGCAGUUGAAACUUGACGAGUUGGGUCUAUCAUUAUCAUCCAGAAUUCAAUAGAACCCACAAGAAGCCAAAAUGCCUCUCUCAGCUCGCUAUCCUUCAUAUUCAUUAAGCAGACUCAACCACAAACAUUAAUCACUCUCAAAAGAGAAGACGGCAGAUACUCAUUUAAUAAAGGAUAAUCUAUUGUAGCUAUUUAACAAAUGUCCUACGACCAAGAAAAUCAAAGUAGAAAAUAAAAGCAGUUCACGAAAUAUACAACUUGAUUAAAAAAAACAAAUCCCUGAAAUAAAGCAAUUAGAAUUGAAAAUCAUUAAGUCCCUCUAGGAAAUCGAGAAAAAUAAAAAUACACAAAAGAUAGUCUCGUUAGAUAGCAAAGCUCUUCAUUAAAUACUUAGCAAAUUCAAUUAACCUCUAUCUUAAAGGCAUAUCCAAUAAGUGGACUCCUUCAAGAGCACUUCUAAUCAAUCUAUUAAGAUUGCUCAUAAUAAAAUUGCAAUGUAGAAGGUUUAUACUCCAAGAAAUAAAUUUGUGAGUUCAAAAACUAAUGAGAUCCAUCCUCAACACACAAAAAAAUCACUUGAAAAAUAGUAAUAAUUAGUUAAAGCCCUUGAUCUUAAGAAAUUAAUGGUCUAUAAAUCUGAGAAGUCUGCGAAGACAGAAAGAGUGAAGAAGAAUGUGCCUGUUCUGAAUCUAAAUGCAGUCUAAAAUAAUAAUUAAUCUUCUCUGACUUCCAGGAAUUAAAGUGGCAAUCCCAGCUUUAAUCAAUUGUUGACUCCGAAACCAUAGACUAGCAGAUAUAAAGUUAAUAAUCUGAUUCAUUGGUAAGUCAAGGCAAUUCAAGCUGCUUAGAGAGAAUAUAAGUUAUAAUUAAAACCUUCAUAAAUGAAAAUAGAACAAUUAAUUUGA